AUGGUCCACACCCUGCGCCACGCCGCGGCCAAGGCCAUUGACGAACUGGGGCUCAACACCCCAGGGGCCGCCCUGCUGGUCACCGGCUGGGCCGACAUGAGGCCCGACUGGCGGGAGCGCUACACGCGGCCGGAGGACUACCUCGAGCCGUUUGGGGAGGACGACACCAACGUCUGGACGGCUCUGGUGGCCCAGGACGAGGCUGACGAGGCGGCGGACCCGCUGCCGCUCAGCGGCUACUACAAUUUUGACAACGACACAUUCGACCUCUCAAGGUUCAACCCCGCCACUCGCUGCUCUGGGGCGGCCAACGGGGAGGCGACCGUCUUUAUCGCGGGAGUCAGCGGCGCGCCACCGCUCGUGCGCGGCGGCGCCGCCCUGCAGCAGGCGGCCGAGGUCGGCCUCUCGCCGGCCGCCCUGGCGCGCCACCUCGUCAACGCGGCGGCGGCCGCCGCGGCCGCCGCGGCGGGCGGCAGCGCGGCGGCGACGCUGCUGCCGGUGCCGGCGCCGGCGGUGGACGUGACGCAGUCCUUCACAUGGAGUCACGAGACUGGCGCCAACCGGCCGGUGAAUGACUUGCAGGCGGAGCUGGAGGAGUGGCAGAGGACCGGCCUGACCCCCGGUGACCUGUACGACCCCUGCCCCUGGACACACGUCGAGCCCGACACCGCAACAAGCCUGCCCGCGCCCCUGGCGGUCAUUGUUCCGCCCUACGAGGCCACCUGCACCGCGCUCAGCGGCCAGGAGCCCGAGGAGUGGACGCCAGAGUUUGACGACCGCACCCAGGAGGAGAUUCACGCCGAGCGCCUGGCGGCGUCGGGCAUGACCCCCGAGCAGGCCGAGGCCCGGGAGCUGCUGCUCAGCAAGUUCUGGGAUCGAUCCCUGCCCGGGCCGCGGGACUUGAUGGAGGCGGCGUACGGGCCGUCUGACAUGCCUGGGGGGGUGAUCCGGCCGUCGGAGCGGACGGAGGAGCAGCAGAGGGAGAUGGACCGCCCCACCGGCCUGCUGGCCGAGGCGUUCGGCCUCGCGCGCCCCGACGACCCGCCAAACGACCCCUGGGCGGCCUGGGGCCCCGGCGUGCUGUGGGACGACGCCAGCGAUAUUGCCGCCGAGGCGGACCCCUCCUCACCCGAGUGGGCAUCCGCCGCGCUCGCCGGCGGCGCGGGCGCGGCCUCGGAUGCCCUAUACCGCGCGGGCGGCGCGCCGGCGCUCGACGCGCGGCCGGCGGCCAGCGCGAGCGGGGGGCGGGAGGACGAUGUGUCAGACACGCCCGUGCCGGAGGGCGCGACGCUCGCAGACCUGGUGACGGCGGUGCUGGACGCGCCCGCGCCCGGCAGCAGCAGCGGCGUGCCAGAGAGCUGGCUGGCCGCGCUGGAGCGGGUGCCGCCGACGGCGCUGGGGCUGGAAGGUGCGUCGGGAGGGGCCUGGGUGCACCAGGCGCGGCCGCAGCAGACGGUGCGGCCUGCAAACGGGAACGGCCCCACGGGCCUGAGUGUGCUGUGCCGCUGGGGCGGGUAG